UAAGGAAGUAGAGACAUGUCCCCCGAACACGUGGGAUCCGGGCGUCCUCUGAGUCACAAACCCUGGAAGUCCAGGGUCAUAGAGAGGAAGCUCUUCUGGUCCACGCAAGGCCUUCCUGUUUUUUGGCCCUGAAUCCUCAGAGGCAGGCACUCCAGGGCCAGAGUUCCCGUACCACCUUCACCUCCAGGGGUUCAGAAUCUGGAGCUCUGAGGCCAGGACAGGGCGUGGAGUUGUCCCUGCUGCUCAGACGGGGAAACUGAGGCACGGGGCUUGCCUGAGGCUUCCCGGAAGGACGAGGCUGCAGGUUUCUCACUCAGGACCUCCAGACGGCACCCCUGCUGGUAGGGGUGUGGAGGGCUGGGUUCCAGAGGGUCUCACUUCUCGUCGCCCCGACCUCGCCAUGCGGACCCCGCGAGCGCCCCCUCCUCGCCCGGCCCCACUGCUCCUACUGCUGCUACUGGGGAGAGCCAACGGCCUCUUCCCCGAGGAGCCACCGCCACUCAGCGUGGCCCCCAGGGACUACCUGAACCACUACCCCGUGUUCGUGGGCAGCGGGCCAGGACGCCUGACCCCCACAGAGGGUGCUGACGACCUCAACAUCCAGCGAGUCCUGCGCGUCAACAGAACCCUAUUCAUCGGGGACAGGGACAACCUGUACCGGGUGGAGCUGGAGCCCCCCACGACCACGGAGCUGCGGUACCAGCGGAAACUGACCUGGCGCUCCAACCCCAGUGACAUCAACGUGUGUCGGAUGAAGGGCAAGCAGGAGGGCGAGUGUCGGAAUUUUGUAAAGGUGCUGCUUCUUCGGGACGAAUCCACGCUCUUUGUGUGCGGUUCCAAUGCCUUCAACCCCGUGUGCGCCAACUACAGCAUGGACACACUACAGCCCCUCGGGGACAACAUCAGCGGCAUGGCCCGUUGCCCAUACGAUCCCAAACACGCCAACGUUGCCCUCUUCUCUGAAGGGAUGCUCUUCACCGCCACGGUGACCGACUUCCUAGCCAUCGAUGCUGUCAUCUACCGCAGCCUGGGGGACCGGCCCACUCUGCGAACCGUGAAACACGACUCCAAGUGGUUCAAAGAGCCCUACUUUGUCCACGCGGUGGAGUGGGGCAGCCACAUCUACUUCUUCUUCCGGGAGAUCGCGAUGGAGUUGAACUACCUGGAGAAGGUGGUGGUGUCCCGCGUGGCCCGGGUGUGCAAGAAUGACCUGGGAGGCUCCCCUCGGGUGCUGGAGAAGCAGUGGACGUCCUUCCUGAAGGCGCGGCUCAACUGCUCCGUGCCCGGGGACUCCCAUUUCUACUUCAACGUGCUGCAGGCCGUCACGGGUGUCGUUAGCCUGGGCGGCCGGCCCGUGGUCCUGGCUGUUUUCUCCACUCCCAGCAACAGCAUCCCCGGCUCGGCUGUCUGCGCCUUUGACAUGACUCAGGUGGCCGCUGUGUUCGAAGGCCGCUUCCGUGAGCAGAAGUCCCCUGAGUCCAUCUGGACGCCCGUGCCGGAGGAUCAGGUCCCGCGGCCCCGCCCCGGGUGCUGUGCAGCUCCCGGCAUGCAGUACAAUGCCUCCAGCGCCUUCCCCGACGAGAUCCUCAACUUUGUCAAGACCCACCCCCUGAUGGACGAAGCGGUGCCCUCUCUGGGCCACGCGCCCUGGAUCGUGCGAACUCUAAUGCGGCACCAGCUGACGCGAGUGGCUGUGGAUGUGGGCGCUGGCCCCUGGGGCAACCACACCGUUGUCUUUCUGGGUUCCGAGGUGGGCACCGUCCUCAAGUUCCUCAUCUGGCCCAAUGCCAGCACCUCGGGCACCACGGGGCCCAGUGUCUUCCUGGAGGAGUUUGAGACCUACCGGCCAGACAGGUGUGGACGGUCGGGCGGCGGCGAGGCAGGGCAGCGGCUCUUGAGCCUGGAGCUGGACACAGCCUCAGGUGGCCUGCUGGCAGCCUUCCCCCGCUGUGUGGUCCGCGUGCCUGUGGCCCGCUGCCAGCAGUACUCAGGGUGCAUGAAGAACUGUAUUGGCAGUCAGGACCCGUACUGCGGGUGGGCCCCUGAUGGUUCCUGCAUCUUCCUCAGUUCCGGCACCAGAGGUGCCUUUGAGCAGGACGUGUCCGGGGCCAGCACCGCAGGCUUAGGGGACUGUACAGGACUCCUGCGGGCCAGCCUGGCAGAGGAGCGCGCCGGGCUGGUGUCGGUGAACCUGCUGGUGACGUCGUCGGUGGCGGCCUUCGUGGUGGGCGCCGUGGUGUCCGGCUUCAGCGUGGGCUGGUGUGUGUGUGUGCGUGCCCACGAGGGCUGCUGCCGGCGUGUGUGUGUGUCACGGCGGGCCACGCGUGCAUGUACCUGUCUGUGUGCGAGGUGGUGGCCCCAGCGGCCUGAGCGUUGGCUGAGCCAGCGCCAGGGCUUCCAGAAGGCCAGGGGGCCUCCAAGGUGCCGGUUAGAAGUUUGAGGGGGAGACAAGAAGGGGUUUUGGGCAGGGGGGCCGGGAGGGCCUGCCCAGAAGUCAUAUUGGCAGCAGCUGUCUAAAGGGCUUGGUGGUCUGGGGGCGGGGAAGGUGGGCGGGCCCCACUGUAAAUACGGCCCCAGGGUGGUCAGAGGGUCCCAUGCCACCCGUCCCCUUGUGACCUCUCCCUUGACCUCCAGCUGACCAUGCAUGCCAGCUGAGUGGCCAGCUGAGUCCUGGACCCUCUCUGGAGUUUGCCUCCCCCAACCCCCUCCCCAUCAAUAAAACUGUUUACAACCACCGGC